AAUAAUGAAUCAAAAUUUUGAAGGAUCUUAAGCUGAAGUGCUCCAUCCCAAAACACACAUGUAGAUAUAGGCUGUAUAGCAUGAAAAAAUUAUCUAAGGGUUUGAUCAUGAUCCUGAUAAAUUUUUGGGAGAAUUUCAAUUUAAUUCACAUAUGCUUACAAGAUAAUAUCUAGUGGGAGAAGGAACACAAUUAAGAUUAUACUUUACAAAAAUUACUCCCAUAAAAGGUUUAAAUCAAAGCAUCCUUAGCAAUCAUUCAUGGAUUUGGUGAGCAUUCAGGAAGAUUUCUGCAUUUAGCUGAUUUUUAUGCCAAGGCUGGAUUUGAAGUAUAUAUGAUAGAUUUAAGAGGAUUUGGUUAUUCUGGUGGUGCCAGAGGAUGUGCAACACAAUAAUAAUUGCUUUAAGAUGUCAAGGUUCUAAUUCAAUAAGUAAAUCCCUCAUUACCAUUGUUUUUAUAUGGUCAUUCAAUGGGAGGAUUGGUGGUCUUAGCUUUUACAUUGUUGAACCCUGCAAUUUAAAUUGCUGGUGUUAUAGCAACAAGUCCAUUGUUAGGAUUUCCUUCUGAUCGUAAAUUGGAUUGGUUGAAACUCAAUUUUGUUACAACUGCUGGUAAAAAGUUGGAAGACAUGGUUGUGAAUAGUAUGGUCAAUCCUACUGCUUUAACAAAAAAUAAUAGUCAAUUGAAGCAUUCAUUUGGAGAUAGAUUGAUGAUUCCAUUUUGUGGUUUGAAUAUGGCAGCCUCAAUAUUGUCCUAAGUGAAAAUGAUGAAGGGUCAUUCUCAUUUAUUUAAUAAACCAUUGUUGAUUCUACAUGGAAAAUAAGAUGCUGUAACCAAUUAUCAUGAUUCUGUGCAUUUCUUUGAAAAUUGUAAAAGUUAAGAAAAAGCUUUAAAAUUGUUUGAAAAUGGGUAUCAUGAAUUAUAGCACGAUGAAGAAUGCGAUGAAUUAAUGACUAUUACCUUAGAUUGGUUACAAAGGCGUUUGGAUAAUGCAAAAAUCCUUGGCAAUGUUCCCACUGUAAUCAAUGUACAGCCUUUGAAGAGAAAAUCAAAUAAUAAAGUGAAAUGCAUUCUAUUAAUAUUGAUCAUCGCCUAUUUUAUCGUUUCCUUAAAAUACAAAAAUCUGGCUUAAGGUUCAAAACUCAAGAAACUAAUCAUACCAUUGUUAUUAUUUAAAAAAUGA